AUGAAAACUGUCUUCAUUACAGGCGCCAGUGGCUAUAUUGGCGGGGACAUUCUUACUGAAUUGAUUGAAAAAUACCCCGUAUAUAACUACCGAUUGCUAGUACGAGGCGAGAGAAGCAAAGCGGAAAUUAAAAGUGUUUACCCAUCAGUAUCUAUUGUAUGCGGAGACCUUAACGAUUCCGACAUCCUCACCGAAGAGAGUGCUGGGGCCGAUAUCGUAAUACACACUGCUGAUGCUGCAGAUCAUCUUUCUGCUGCACAGGCAAUCGCUAAAGGGGCCUUGAAAAUGCAUACGCCAGACAGACCUCUCUACUGGCUACAUACUAGUGGAGCGGGGUUGUUGUCUUUUUACGACGAGGAGGCCAAGGUUUAUGGAGAGAGAAGCUCUAGGAUUCAUGACGAUGUGAAGGACAUUGAUGAAAUUCUCUCACUUCCAGACCGUGCAUUUCAUCGUGUUGUCGAUAAGACGGUACUACACGCAGGAGCAGAAAAUCCUGCCGUGUUGAAAACUGCAAUUAUAUCCCCGACUACCGUUUAUGGUACUGGCCGAGGCCCCUGCUCCCAACGCAGCAGGCAGAUAUACGAAAUGGCCAAGUUCAUUCUCAAGGAGAAUAAGAUCCCUGUGGUUGGUCGUGGCCAGUCAAUCGGCUCCAAUGUGCAUGUUCGAAGUGUAACUAGAUUGAACAUGCACCUUUUCGAAGCAGCCAUACAGCAGCGCGACGAAAAUUUGUUCUGGGGAUCAAAUGCAUAUUACUUAGUUGAGCAGGGCGAACACUGUUGGGGUGACGUUGCCAAUUCCAUCGCACAAAAGGCUACCGAAGAAGGCCUACUGUCGGAACCCCAUGAAAGGAUAGAGCUUGACAUGAAAUCUGCCUACAAGUUGGCUGGUUUUGAGGCUACGAGCUGGGGAUACAAUAUGCGUUGUCGAGCAAGCAGGGCUCGGUCGCUGUUAGGAUGGCAGCCUUCCGGUCUAUCUCUCGAUGAUGAAUUGCCACAAAUAAUUCGAGAGGAGUAUAACCGCUUACAGCAAGACUAG